AUGCAGGGAAUCAUAGAUACCACCUGGCCAAAGGGAAUCCAAGGCGUUCGCGACUACGCCGGGUCGCGUGAAUUCAAGCUGCACGGCUCCCCUUGGAGAGCAAGUUAUAGCAGAAAUGAUGACUCUCGGCAGCUCGUGCUCAAGGUUCUCGAGGCGUUGCAUGACAUGGGAUGGGUGCUACAUGUAGCCGCAGAUCUGAGCAAAAAGCAGACCGCCAGAGACCUCAGCGCAGCCCUACUACAAACAUUUGGGAGCGAAGUGAGCAGACAUGAGGUGACACGCGAGCACCUGGAGAUCAAGUUUCAUGGCUCCACCUGGGUACCCAGUAGCGAAGACACAGUCCACAUGCCGUUGAUGAUCCUCGCAAUGCUGGAAACACUUGAGAGAUUUGGCUACUCAAUAUAUGCAAGCCUCAAGGAUCAGAUUAGUUAUAAUGGGGAGGGACACGAUGUAGAUAUGUUGGUGAUGCAGCGGCACAAGAAUUGGGCUCCAGGCAUGCCGGUAUUUAUAAGAUGA